AUUUUGAUAAUAAGAUUGGGAUGAUGCAACUUCAGGAGCAGAGUAAGUCAGGAUCAAGUUUACCCAAUUCUGAAAUUCCAAUAGAUUUUCUACAGGGAUCAUCCGGUUCUGGUAGGUAUAAAAUUAUGGGCAAAAAAACAAAAUCUACCUUGGUCUUAUUGAUGUCUUUUCUACUUUAGUGCUAGAUAUUUGACUAGCACAUAGGACAGGCUUUCUAUUUGCAGCCAUAGGUCUUUUUGGCUACAUUGCUCAUUGAGGUUAGGGCAUGGUGGGAGGUGUGAGAUCAUUUGCAUUUAAAUAUUAAAGACAAAUAUUAGGAAUGCCCAACAGAAUUUCAAAUUAAUGCAAUUUUUGUGAUGAAGUGUAUUGUGUGUAGAGUACUUGAGAGAUCUAGAAGAGUGUUCUUUUUGGGCAGAUUUAAUUAUGAGUAUCUUUCAAAUGGCAUGCCCGAGCAUCACAAAUUUGUUCUUUAAAGACUUGAAGAAAAAGUCACAAACCACAGCGAUGAGGGCUUUUUAUGUUGCAAAAAUAUUGUGUGAAACAUGAAAAAGGGGGGGGGGGGCAAAUUUUUGAAAUUGGGAAUUUUUUCUUACCAUGAUCUUGGAAUGGACGAUUUUGCUUCAAACUGGUGGUUAAGGAAUUUUUGUUCUUUACGUACAAAUAUCUGCAUAAAAAUUAGCAUUAUUAUUUUCCCAUUCUAGCUUGGGCAUUUUCCAUAUAUAUUCAUUGCAUGGUGAACAAGAAUAUACAUUACUCAAGUGACUGCUUUUCUUCUUGUGAACGUUAUUUCAUUUGUCAUACAUUUCCAAAUCAUAUCUGGAGUUAAGAAUAUAUCAAAAAAUAUCAAAAGAUUUCUUCAGCCUGAAAAUUGAUUUCAAAGCAGUUGUAACUAAUACAGAAAGAAAAUAAAUGUCAAGUAAAGGAAAUAAUACAAAAUGACAAACUGACAUUCCUGAUAGAACUAUACACUACUAACCAAUUGCUGACAAAGUUGUUCGUCAAAGGUAAUAGUUGCUUUUCCAUUUCACUUGAAGAAUGGAUUGUUAAAAAAAGUAAAUGUACAUCCUGUACAUGUACCAACACUGCCCUUUUCUCAUGUUUUCUAAACCCCAGACUAUUGUUAAAUUUGUAGUAAUCCAGGACUAGUGGUAGUCAUUUGUGCAGGGCAAAUUAUCCUGUACUAAAAAAGUAGGGUUAGCCCCAAACCCUGGACAAAAGGUGGGGCCAACUUGCCAUUUAGCCCCACCUAGAGAACAGGGUUAAAGGACAAGUCUACCCCCAACAAAACUUGAUUGAGAGAAAAAUCCAACAAGCAUAACACUGAAAAUUUCAUCAAAAUCAGAUGUAAAAUAAGAAAGUUAUGACAUUUAUAAUUUAUUGCUUAAUUUCACAAAACAGUUAUAUGCACAUCCUGGUCGAUAUGAAAAUGAGGAGACUGAUGACAUCGCUCACUAUUGCUUUUACAAGUAUAUAUGAAAUAUGAAGUAUCGGGAAUUCUAAUUUUCUCCUUAUAAUCAUAUGAAACAAAGUUUUAUUCAUCCCUGAACAUGUGGUACUACCAUUGUUAUAACUAUUAUGGUUCAGUAAAGUUGGUCCAUAAUGUUCAGUAAAAAUUGAAAUAUUUUUUGAUUCAAACAACAAACAACUAAAAAAAUAAUGAGUGAUGGACAUCAUUGACUAUAUAAUUUGCAUGUCACUGAGUUGUGCAUAUAUCUGUUUGUGAAAAAUAAACAAAACUUUAAGUUGUCAUAACUUCCUUAUUUUACAUCCGAUUUUGAUGAAAUUUCCAGUACCGGUAUUAUGCUUGUUUGAUUUUUCUCUAUUGAUUUAAAUCAACAUUUUCUGGAGUGGACUUGAUCUUUAAGGAAAUUUUGCCUGUGAAAAAACAGUAUAACAGUAACCAGCUAUGUGACAUAAGUUUUCUUUCCCUUUUCUAUUUUAGGAAAUGGUCCAUCCCCUUCAUGCACGAAACUACAUAAUCCUGAUAUAGUUCUGCUAAAUCAAUGGACUAUAUUUUUUGAAUGCUUAAACGUACAUGUGUGGUGGUAGGCAGAAACUACAACCUGGUCACACAUAUACAUGCAUUCUGCAUGUAUGUAUCACAAGUAAACUUGUUUGGAAUGAGUAAUAGUUGUAAAUAUAGAGAUCUUCAAUGUUACCAACACAACCUGAAAUUGAGAACAGGAGCUAUUUGUGAUUUCAGGUAGUCAACAUAUACACAAGCAGGAUAUUGUCAGGGCUUCAACUGCAGUGCUGAAUCUAGCUUGAUAUUUCUGAAGGAAUACUUUUAAACACUGAAAGGUGGUGGAGGGUUUUUCAAGAAAAUCAAGUCUGGUUUGCCAGCAACAAAUACUGACGGAUCGCUAUACAUUUUGUGAUACAAGUAAAAAUGGCUUCGUGUAAAUGGCAUGGACUGAUAUCAGUCUUCACUGCACUGAUGAUGAUCUCACUAUGUAAAUGUGAUUCUAUUCUUACUGUUACUGAGGAUGAGGACGUCACACUUGAAUUUUUAUAUCCAUGUGACAGUUAUAAAGUGACAAUACAGAAAGCAAACGGGCUUCCCUUUUACGAUUCAAACAAUCAAGAUGGACAAGAUCUAUACUUGCCCAUCUAUGAUGCUGAUAGGUUUAGUGUGGGUCAUGAGAAUUGUUCAGUUAGGGUUUUCAUAAGUCCUGUAAAAAGAGGCGAUGAGGCAACUUAUAUCUGUUUAGCUUAUAGGUCUGGCAUCACUCACAUUGAGUUCACAAGGGUAAGAUUAAAUGUGAAUUACCCUCCAGGUAAAGCAUCUUGUUCCUUUGAAAUAAGUGCAAAAGCCGGUUGGGAAUGGUUACCACUGCAUUGUACAGCUUCUGUUGGCACUUUGGAAGGGGAGAUUCAAUGCUACCAAGAUUCUAAACGUUUGCCCCCUCAAAGUAGACUAGUGAAAGCUAAAGAAAUGUUCGAACAGACCAUUUUGGUUUCAAAAGAAAGCCCUGUAUUCUGCUGUUCUUCCAGACUUAAUAGUCAACCUAAAGAUAUGUGUGACUGUAGGGAUUUUACAUGGAAGCCAUUGAGGAAUAGUUCACAGACUAAAACAAUCGUUGACCCUUGUCCCCUUACUACACCACACCUGUCCACAACAUUAUCCCAAACCACAGCAAGAAAAGUUGGAAACACUCAACUUCUCCAAUCUGAAAAAUUACAAAAAACCAUGGAAUCAGCAAAACCAAUAGAUGCAAAAGAGAGUCAGAGUGUUAAGGUUUUGGCAUUGAUAUUUGGAAGUCCAUUUGCUAUGUUAUUGUUAGUAGCACUACUCAAUAUACUUGAGCAGUUUCUUAAAAUACUGAAAAAAUGCCAUAUGAAAGAACCAGCACAUACAUGUACACAUACAAAUGAAGCUCAAACUCAAACAAACUUUCAUCAAGAGGAAGAGAGGAAUCCAGCUUCCUCAUUAAAUCGAAGUCAAUGGGAGAAAUCUCCAAACCAAAGCUUUUUGGCAACAUUUGUUAGUAAUGAGUUUAAAAAGAACGAUAGUGCAACACCACUGAUAUCAGACCAGGUAUAAAAAAAAAUCAUGGAAAGGAUUCUAAGAACAUAUUUCCAAUAAUAGGCAACUAUUUCUAACAAC